AAGGAGAGGUCAUUGCAUGAGAUGACAGACUAGUGAUUCUAGCAUUUUUAUAUAUUUUUUAUAAAUACUUGCUGCUUUCAGCACUAAUUUUCCACUCCCAUUAACUUGACUAGUGGUUAUAGACUUUAUCAUUACGUUUUUUAAAAUUACAGAAACAACUGGGGCAACUUUGGAAAAAGACGAGACAAGACCUACGUCAUCUAAAUGUAGAGAGUUCCCAUGUUCAUGUUUUGAUUGUUUUAACUUUCUUUAUACUGAUCUGACAGUGGUUCCUUCCUCACCAUGGCGGGCAGGUGGAUCCUCCUGAUACUGGUUCUGUGCCUUUCCCUCAACAUGGUCCUGUCAAUAAAAUCCUGCGAUAAAGGAUUUAUUUUAGAGAAAAAUGAAUGCAAAGAUGACAAUGAAUGUGCUGUUGAUGAGAACAAUCCUGAUGAUUGGCCAUGUGGAGAAAAUGCAAACUGUACCAACACGGUUGGCAGCUUUUUCUGCCACUGUAAGGAUGGCUUCAGAUCUUCAACAAACACUGUGAAUUUUUCACCUGAAACAUCAGCAACAUGUAAAGAUAUCAAUGAGUGUCUGGAAAACGAAAACAUCUGUGGACCUUAUGCCACAUGUAAUAACACAAUUCCACAUUAUUUAUGCACUUGUAUUGAUGGAUUCACUUCCGGGACUGGAGCGGGACAUUUUCACCAUGGUGACAACGUUACAUGUAGAGAUAUUGACGAAUGUCAAAAGGAAAAGGGUUGUGGUCAGAAUGCAACAUGCAUCAACACACCAGGCAGUUUUCACUGUGUCUGUAAUGCUGGCUUUGGGCUGAAAUCAGGCAAAUCUACCUUCGCUGUGAAUCAGGAGCAAUGUGAAGACAUAUGUGUGAUUAAUAAGACAAUCUGUGGAAAUGGAACCUGCCACCGCGGAGCCAGCGGCCACUACUGUGCAUGCCACAAAGGUUUCACUAACUAUGGCAACAAAGAGGCUCGCUGCACUGCGUUAAACUGUGAUGUUGUCAAAGAUAUUGACAAUCUGAUGGAGGAAUUUUACGUUGAACAUGUUAUCAUAACGCUGUUGAAGAAAAGCUAUCUGGAGCUUACAGGAAGUGAAGAUCCAGCAGAGCAGGAUGGAGAAGACAUGCUAACGAGACUGUUGUCUGUGAUCGACGAGCUCUUGUCUGGCGGAGCCUUCAAGGACAACAGGAAGGUCUCCACCUUUCUGGACAUAGUGGAAAAGAUUCUGAGGUUCAUAGGACCUUUCAUUAAGCACCCCAGGACAAAGAGAUCCUCCAAUCACACAGAGCUGGAGCUGCUGGUACAUAAGGGGGCUGACUUACCCCAGGGAGCUGUUAAUUUAUCAUCUAAGCUAGCUCAGCUGGACAUCCAGUUGGAGACAGCUGGUGGAGAUCCGUCCUAUUACCCUGGCUUUACAGCAGUGUCCUUGCUGAGUUAUGCAAACCUGGAAGACUCUGCAGAAGGCUUCUUUAGUGGGAUGAAGCCACAAGCGGGCCAGAGCUUUAAGAUCAACUCUAAAGUCACGACUGUCACCGUCAGUAACACAAACACAAGCCACCUCAGAGAGCCAGUCAAAUUAACCUUCUACCACCUGAAACAGUCAAAUGAUUCAAACCACAUCUGUGUGUUCUGGGAUUCCUCGGAGAACGGUGGGACAUGGUCUGCUCGUGGCUGCAUUGUGGUGGAGUCCAACCCUGAAUAUACUGUGUGUUCCUGCAACCAUCUCAGCAGCUUUGCUGUGCUCAUGGCGCUCUAUGAGAUGGAGGACAAGUUUGAGUUGCAAUUGAUCACCUGGGUAGGUCUGUCCCUUUCACUAAUUUGCCUGUUCAUCUGCAUCCUGACGUUCUCGUCAAUUCGCUCCAUCCAAAGCCCAAGAACCAGCAUCCACCUGCACCUCUGCAUCAGCCUCUUCAUUGCAAUCCUUAUCUUCCUUGCAGGGAUCACUCGUACAGAGAACCAGGUUGGCUGUGCAGUGGUCGCAGGGCUGCUGCAUUUCUUCUAUCUGGCAGCAUUUUGCUGGAUGUGUCUGGAGGGUAUACAACUCUUCAGGAUGGUAGUCCUGGUCUUUAACAUCAACUUCAAAACCCUCUAUAUGAUGGCAGGUGGCUAUGGAGUCCCAGCUGUAAUUGUCGCUGUCUCUGCUUUAGUUAAUGCCAAGGGAUAUGGCACUGAGAGAUAUUGCUGGCUAAAAGUGGAUUUCAUUUGGAAUUUCUUCGGCCCAGCCUGUUUCGUCAUCAUUAUUAACGUUUUCUUCUUUCUCAUCACGGUGUGGAAGUUGGCACAGAAGUUCUCAAGUUUAAACCCUGACCUGGACAAACUGCAGAAAAUAAAGGCAUUCACCAUUACUGCAGUGGCUCAGCUCUGUGUGUUGGGCACCAUGUGGAUCUUUGGUUGUUUCCAGUUUGAGGAGAGCACAAUAGCCAUGUCUUACCUCUUCACCAUCUUUGGCAGCCUUCAGGGGGUUAUGCUCUUUGUCAUGCACUGUCUGUUUUCUAAACAGGUGAGGGAAGAGUACCGAAACAUCCUGUCCAGAUUAUGUGCACCUAAGAAGAAGAGCUACUCAGAGUUCAGUUCCUCACACUCCAGCAAAGCCCAUGCAUCCAAGAGCACCCAGGACACAGGAGAGUCUCACAUUUGAGGAGCUAAACAGUGACGUGAGAGCAAAUUCUGAUUUAUUUCCUGAAGACUGUCAUCUCAGACAUACGGUCAACUUACUGCCCUGCGAAUGUAGCCAAUGCACCAGUUUACUUUACUGAAAACUGUUAUUUUAUUAUUUUUGUUUUUGAGUUGGUAGAUAUAUAAGACUGGAGUAAAAAUAGAACUGUUAUGAAAUUUAAGCAAACUUUUAAGUUGAACCAAGAUUAGUGUGCUUUACUUUCAUGCCAACAUUUAUUUUAUUCGAGUAUUUAUCAAAUGGUAAAUAAUGUCACUCGUUUUGGAAAAAUAAAUGUCCAAAUGUUUAGAUUUUUUCAUAUGUGGAAAAAAAUUAUAAAUAAUAUUAUGAAGACCUGUUUUAUCAGGUAGAUCGAAUAUGGCUUGUUGUGUCAUUCAGGUACUAUAAUCAACCAGUAAAGACAAUCAAUAUUUCUGAGGCAAGUACUUUUUUCUGUAUAACUUGUCCACCAUAUUUAAAUUGAUAUUUUCUAAAUAUGACCAACAACAAGGGGGACAAUUAUGAGACAGAAACAGAUUUUAAAUGUAUAUAUUUAUAUGCAUAUAUACGUGUGUGUAUAUAUAUUAUUUAUAUAUAUAUAUUGCCGGGCAAUGUAGUAUUAUUACAGUAAGUGACUGCAUUCCUGCUACAUGUUAUAUGUAUUAUAUCUCAUAUUUGCAAAGAGUUUUUUAUUUACCAAGUUCAGAUAAUAGACAUUUCAAAAUUUUUCAUGUUCAAGAUAACUUUUGUUAUUAUUGUCACUGCUUUAAGCAUGUUUGGAUUUUUUGAAUGGUGUUUGGUCAAAUAGUUAUCUUUUAUUCUGUAUUUCCAAUUUACAUAUUAUGUCUUUUACGGUGUGAAUUAUUUAAAUGUAUCUUUUUGUAAGUGUUUAUAGACUUUUCAUGCCCCUUGGAAGCUUUAAAUUAAAUAAAAUUCUGAUGUUCCUCAUGCUUGAGGGCACCGUUUGAAGGUCUUUUCGACCACUGGCUUUGAAUUAUUUGGUUCAAAAUAAAUAAAUUAGUGUUGCAGGA